UAUUAAAAUCUGCGAUGUGUUUAGGGAGGCUGAAGUAGGAAUCGAUGGUCUUGAAGAGCGCAAGGCUUGGAGCUAGGGGGUGAGAGGAGAUAGAGUUGAGAUCCAGUAUCCAGUGUGGGGUAGAACGGGGAUUGUGUCGGACGGUGUAGGGUGAGAGGUCUUCACCACGUCAGCCAUGCGCGCCGCCGCCGCUGCCGUGCUGAUGCUACUACUACUGUGUCUCGGCACGGAGGCCUCCUACACUGGUCCGUUCUUCGUCAAGGAGCCACCCUCCCGGGUUGACUUUGCCAACGAGACAGGGACGACGAUAGACUGCUCGGCCUCUGGGACACCGCCCCCCGCCGUGUCUUGGGUGUCGGGGGAUGGUAAGCCGGUCAUGGGAAUACCUCAGCUGGUGGAGGUUCUGACCAACGGGUCGCUAUUGUUCUACCCCUUCCACCCCAGCAACUACCGCCACGACGUACACGCCGCCACGUACCGCUGCUCCGCGGCGAACUCUGUAGGACGGAUACUUAGCAGGGACAUCAGGGUCAAAGCAGUGGUGCUACAAUACUACGAGCUGAGUGUCCAAUACACCAAGUCCGUGAUUCGUGGAAACACAGCUCUCCUCAAGUGUUCUAUUCCUAGUUUCGUCAAAGACUACAUAACGGUUACUUCGUGGCUUCAAGACUCUUCCUUCAAUAUAUAUCCGUCCAUUAAAGGAGAUGGGAAGUACCACAUGUUGCCGACAGGAGAACUAUUGAUUCAGAGGGUAGAUGAGGCAGACAAAUAUCGAAGUUAUCAGUGUAGGGCCAUGAACAGACUGACAGCUACCCCUCUACUGAGUGUAGGGCGGGCGAGGUUCUCAGUAACUGAUCACCCUACGAUGUCUGCCCCAAGAGCCUUGGAUAAAACCGUAACAAUUUCAGUCAAGAAAGACCACUCAGUAGUGAUGCCCUGCUACGCCGAAGGGAAUCCACCGCCAUCGUUCAGGUGGUACCGUCAGGAAGGUCAACUGCGACGUCAGGUGGUAGAGGACGACAGGAUGUUCCGGGUCGAAGUAAAGUCUCUUGGUCUCUUUGCAGAUUCUCAUCACUUGUUUUUGCAGGUGGUACCGUCAGGAAGGUCAACUGCGACGUCAGGUGGUAGAGGACGACAGGAUGUUCCGGGUCGAAGUAAAGUCUCUCGGGUCUCUUGGCAGAUUCUCAUCACUUGUUGUUGCAGGUGGUACCGUCAGGAAGGUCAACAGCGACGUCAGGUGGUAGAGGACGACAGGAUGUUCCGGGUCGAAGUAAAGUCUCUCAGGUGGUACCGUCAGGAAGGUCAACUGCGACGUCAGGUGGUAGAGGACGACAGGAUGUUCCGGGUCGGAGAGUGUCUGGUCCUGCUUCACGCUGACGAAGCCGACGGAGGAACUUGGGUGUGUGUCGCCAACAACUCAGUUGGGAUGGAACACAUCGAUAUCACCUUGAAGGUGUUAUCGCCGCUCACUGUGACCCUGCAGCCGUCCGGGCAGUUCACGGCAGACAUCGGGUCAUCAGUGAACCUGACCUGUCAAGCGACCUCGGGGUCCGGGGCGUCAGGGCUCCAGAGGGUGUGGCUCAAGGAUGGUCAUGUGGUCGGUCACAUCUACAGCUCCCAGAACCCUGUGCUUCCCAUCCCUCGGGUACAGCGGGAUGAUGCCGGCAUGUACCAGUGCCUUGUACGGGCAGAGGCUGAUAGCGCUCAGGCUUCUGUCCAGCUAGUUUUGGGAUCCGCACAUCCCACUCUGGUAUACAAGUUUAUCCAGCAAACCCUUCAACCAGGUCCUCCUGUUUCCCUCAAGUGCAUCGCUUCUGGCAAUCCCACCCCUCACAUCACCUGGAAACUGGACGGACUCCCACUGCCCUCCAACACUGACCGGUUUCUCAUCGGCCAAUACGUGACACUUCACGGAGAAGUGAUCAGUCACGUCAACAUCAGCAACGUCCAGGUGGAGGAUGGAGGUAUUUACCAGUGUACAGCGACCAACAGGAUAGGGGAGAUAUCACACUCUGCUGAUAUGAGGGUUUAUGGACCUCCCUAUGUGAGACCUAUGCCAAAUAUCUCAGCUGUGGCAGGGGAACCGCUUCUUAUUGCCUGUCCCGUCGCAGGAUACCCCAUUGACUCCAUAACCUGGGAAAAAGAGGGUAGAAGACUGCCGUUGAACCGUCGUCAAAGAGUGUUCCCCAAUGGCACCCUCCUGCUGGACAACGUGCAGAGGGACCCGGACAGCGGGGAAUACCGGUGUACGGCGGAGAACAAGCAAGGCCGAACAUCAUCACAACAACUCCACCUCUCUGUCAUUGUGCCUCCACGAAUCACCCCGUUCUCCUUCCUGACGGAUCUGCACGUCGGCGACCGUGUGGGAGUGCAGUGUUUCAUCACCAAGGGCGAUCUGCCCCUGGACAUCCAGUGGAGGAAGGACGGUGGCGCUCUAGACCAGGACGUCAGUGUCCAGCAAUACGGCCAGUACACCAGCUCUCUCAGCAUAGAGUCUCUAGCACCUAGACACGCUGGUAGCUACACCUGUGUCGCCACCAAUCAGGCCGCUACGGACACGCACUCGUCCAACCUCCUAGUCAACGUGCCUCCGAGAUGGGUGACCGAGCCCAGAGACAGGAACGUAACGAGGGAGAGUUUCGUCACAUUCGACUGUCAAGCUGAGGGGUUCCCGGCUCCUACCCUAAUCUGGAGAAAAGUUAUAGGAGGCCGCGACUACCAGGACCUUUCGCUGUCCCGUGCCAGAGGUCUUCAGGUGUUCCCCAACGGCACCUUCAUCAUCCGACAAGCCUCCCCCGAGCACCAGGGCCAGUAUCUGUGCGAGGCUACCAACGGUAUCGGCGCUGGGCUCAGUGCUACUGUCUCUCUCGUCGUCCUCAACCCACCCGAGUUUGAGGUGAAGUCAGCCCAGGCGAGUGUUCGCCGAGGUGCUAGUCAGACCCUGGAGUGUCAAGCCCAGGGAGACCAACCCAUGAGCAUCACCUGGCAUAGAGAAGGCCAGCCUCCUGUGCAGUUCAACCCUAGGUAUGUGAUCAAAGAGAACAAAGUAAAAGGAGGAUUCUUGUCUGCGUUGUACAUCUCUAGCUCUGUCAAGUCCGACAGUGGUACCUUUGUGUGCGUAGCUACGAACCCCUACGGUCGCGCGGACAGGAUAGUACAUCUGCAAGUGCAAGAUGCCCCAGGACGGCCUAAGAACCUGCGAGUUGUGGACGCCACCAGCCGGAGUCUGUCAGUGUCCUGGGCAGCGCCCUCCGACGAGAGAAGUCCGGUCCUGCAGUACCUUGUCCAGUACCGUCAAGAAUCCGGAGUUACUGACGAAUGGCAGAAGAUCGGGGUGAACACCGACCUCUCAUGCACCAUCCGGGACCUGACGCCAGCCACAGAAUACGCCAUCAGGGUGCUGGCUGAGAACGAGCUAGGGGCAGGGGAGCCUAGUGAGCCCAUCGUGGUCCAGACAGAGGGGGAAGCCCCUGCAGGAGAGCCACAGAACGUUGUCGUGACAGCCACCGCCUCAGACACUCUCCGGGUCGCCUGGACCGCACCCCUUCAUCACCUCUGGAACGGCGAGAUCCUGGGCUACUACGUCGGCUACAGAGAGCACGGGGUAGGAAGACUGAGUGGUUACAACUUCACCACAGUGGCUCCCAGAGCUAGUGGGUCAGGACUAGCAGUCAUCAAGGGACUGAAGAAGUUCCGGAAGUAUGGGGUCGUCAUUCAGGCCUUCAAUGAGAAAGGGCCAGGGCCGAUGGCAGCUGAGAUAGUCACUCAGACUUUGGAAGACGUCCCAUCUGCUCCUCCUGUUGAGAUCCAGUGUGAAGCUCAGAGCUCUCAGAGUAUCCUGGUCAGAUGGCACCCUCCUCCUCAGCCCUACCAGAAUGGCCAGAUCCAGGGAUACAAGGUGUCCUAUGAGAACAUGGAAGAAUGGCCCCCAGGUCACAUAGAAGCUGAGACGAAGGUGACUACAGACCAGAGUACAGAGCUCUAUGGACUCCAGAAGUACUCCAACUACAGUAUUGUGUUAUGGGCCUUCACGCAGGUUGGGGAUGGAGUCAAAAGUAGACCAGUCUUCUGUAUGACUGAUGAAGAUGUGCCAGAAGCUCCAGCAGGUAUCAAGGUGAUGGUAGGAUCUCCAACGUCGCUGAUUGUCAGCUGGGCAAAGCCGCUGAGGACCAACGGUAAACUCACUUUCUUCACCAUGUACUCGCGAGUACUAGAGGGGGGAAGAGAGAGAGAUAGUACGAAGAAGAAGCUGCCUCCCUCUCAGAUGCACUACCAGACAUCAGAGUUGAGGAAAGGAGAGGCGUAUGAGUUCUGGGUCACAGCAUUUACUAAGGUCGGGGAAGGGCAAAGCACACAGGUCGUCUACUCCACCAUCUCAAACAGAGUGCCUGCUGCCAUAAUCUCAUGGGGAGAGCGAGUGACAGCUAGAAGGCGCAGUAAGGUGAUGUUACCCUGCCUAGCUGUGGGCCAGCCAUCCCCCAAACACUCCUGGACGGGUCCUGAUGGCUCACCUCCACACUCUGAUGGAUUCACCAUCACCAAGGAUGGCUCACUGGAGAUAUCCGAGAUUCAACGGCAGCACCAGGGCAACUACACAUGCUUUGUCACUAAUGCUAAUGGCUCGGACCAGAUUGUAUACAACCUUCACGUUCUAGUGCCUCCGUCGGCCCCAGUGGUAGGUAUAACCAGUACUGGAGCUUCCUGGUUGUACCUACAAUGGAGCAUUGUUGACACUGGGGGAAGUGCUGUGAGAGGAUUCAUCAUCAACUAUCGUCAGCAAGAGCCUGGCGAGUGGGAGGAACGACCUGUACCUAGAGACUCCACCUCCUACCGCCUCACUGGACUUGUGUGCGGAACAGAGUACCACGUUCAGGUAAUGGCGUUCAACUCGGUUGGAAGUGGAGCUCCAAGUCCGAUAGUUGUGGCAAGAACUGACGGGAACAAACCUGGACAGCCUUCCCAUGCUGAGUUCCUAGACCCAAACAGCACAAGCAUCACUCUCCACAUGAAGGCUUGGCAUGACAAUGGCUGUCCCAUCAUCAGCUUUAGUGUAGAGUACCGGGAAGGCACCCACCAUGAAUGGAUCACAGUGGGAAACGAUGUACAAGUACGGGAUAGUUUCCUUGUGGUGGGUUUGUGGCCUGGACAGCAGUAUGUCAUCAAAGUUCGAGCCACUAACAGUGCUGGCACAACGAUAGCUGAAUACCGUGCUACUACUCUCACCAUAACUGGAGUCACCCUUGGGCCAGACUCAGUAAAAGGCUAUCCUGAUGACUCACCUGGAUAUAUGGAGGCUGGUAUCCUAGUGCCGCUCUCUGUUUGUAUAAUGGCUGUCCUUUUCCUUAUUGCAGCCAUCACUGUCUGUAUUAGAAGAAAAAACGAAAGAGAAAUGGGGCUAAGAAACCAGACAGAAGCUCAAGCAAUGGUGGCACUAGACAACAAACAAAACCUGGCUCAGAGAGAGCAAUACUAUGCGGCCGUCCACAAGGGUAUGACAACGCCAGUGCGAGACCUGCAUUGUAUCGAACAGAUACCUGAGUACCCGGAUGACAUUUCUCCAUAUGCGACAUUCCACGUUGCAGGGACAGAAAGACCCUCCUCCCCCACAAAUAUACAGAGUUUUGUCUAUCAUGACCAUAGACUAGCAGCAAUGGAAACUAUGCAGCUCAAAAGUACGAAUUUCUGUCGUGACGACUACACAAAACUAAGAGGCAGCUCAAAGGGUGGGGGCAAGUGUAUAAGUACGGGAUCUGAUUAUUCUGGUUCGACCACGGACCAGUGGUCAGAACACAACCUUGCUGUGAGCCGAAAUGAUAGAAUCCCACUGCAGAGCAUGCUAUACAAUGGGGGAGGCCCAGAGUCCAGUACGUCACCUGAAGCCUCGCCGGUCCCUGACAGAAGACCUUCUCAGUUUAGAGCACACGUCAGACGAGAGGAGGGUGGGAAUCUGCCGUUCUCGACGCGACUCGACCCGCCAACAGGGUUCUCCGACCCUCACGAGCUCAGCGAGGCAGAGUGCGACAUGGAAUCGUUCCACGGACUCAAGUGCCAUAAGAGCCAUAAAAAGAGUCCCAAAACGCCCCAGCAUAGGCAUCCCAACCUCCAUAGAGUGCCCAGGGAGAAAAAGCCUCACCACUUCACCAUAGCGGUGUGACGUCUCCCAAUUCCAAACACCUCAUUGACUGAUAAUUUACUACUAUUUCAUAUUUUUAUAGCAAAGUGGAACAAAACUAUUGUAACUUUUAAAUCUGUAUUUCCAAGAUGUCCUUUGUUUUAAGUUAUGGUUAAAGUGAAACUCAAAGUAUCAGAAGUUAUCAAAUAUCAGAAUGUUGAUGGUUUCGAAUUGUGGUUUUAAAUAUCUUAAAUUGUUUUUAAUGAAUCUUUUGGCAAUGUCAGAUAUACUCAAAAAAUUAAAUAACAAAUUUUACCCAUGUUUUUAGACAACAAUAAUUAAGUAUUUAAGGUGACGUAACUAUUAACAUAAAAACCUAGCAUUACUUUAGAUUAAACAGAUUUUUACUACGGUACCAAUAUUUAUAAUACUUUUUACCAUUUUUAGAACCACACAUGUUCAUCCUCU